AAAAUCUUCGACGUCAUGAACAAACCCGUGAGUUUCAAAAUCCGAUACUUUCCGCACUGUAUCUUCUCGAACAAACCGGAUUUCUAUUUAGAUCAUGAGCAAUCGACGCGCCGCAGUUAUCAAUGUCCACAGUGCUCGGCUAGGUUUCUCAGAAGUGAUUUACGCAAGCGUCACAUUCGGAACUGCCACCCCUUGACCGAUGCGCAAUCGACCCCAACAGCUUCCCUAUGGCAGACUGCACUAGAGAAUCAAUUACCUCUUCCAAGCUUCGAAUCGACGUCGCCUCCGGUAGAUCUCGGCUCGCUUCCCAUACCCGACCGUGGUGCAGGUUCAUCGGAUAGCUCGCAUCCACCAUUCGAGAUACCUAGUAGCUCUCAUGGAUCGUCCUUUGCAAAGGAACUCCUGUGCUCAGAUGCAUAUUUCAAAUACUUCCAUCCCGGAUUCCCUAUCAUCCACAAGCCCAGUUUCAAUCCGAAUACCUGCCCGGAAGCUCUCCUGAAGGCAAUCUCGGCCAUCGGGACUCUAUACGCAACAGGCGAUGGCAAAAUAGCCCAUAGUCGAGCUUCAUUCGAUACAGGUCUACAAUCCCUCGACACAUAUAUCCAGAGCGACCCCACGCGUGUUCAGGAUCCCUGGGUGAUUCCGGCGUAUCUUAUACUCGAAUCAUUUGGAAUGUAUUGCUGCGAUGAUCAGCUCUUUGUCAAGGCACAGAAUAUCCAUCGCCGACUGGUGGACUCUGUCAGAGAGUUACAGAUGACCCGUGAGAGCCAGAUCAGUCAUGCAGACGUAGAAAGCGACGACGGAAGACGUGAGUUAUCUGCGCUUGACGAUGCGUCGAUCCCGCUUGCCACGCGCUGGAAUUCUUUUGUUCAUGCAGAGCUGAGGAAAAGAACCAUAUACUGUCUCUACCUCCUCGACUCCCAGUUCGCUAUAAUCUGCAACGUGCGUCCGUUGAUGUCCGCAUUGGAAAUCAAAUACGACCUCCCAUGCCCAGAUGAGCUCUGGGAUGCCGAAACAGCAGAAGACUGGGAUGUUCUGCGUCGACAGCAGUUUUCAUCGUUCAACGACCAAGAUGAUGAGAACGGAGUUGGAGGAAGGCCGCCCCAGGGGACGUUCUAUGAGAGCACGCAGCGCCUACUGCAUCAUGGUAGUCGAAGGAUGUCCUCCAGUCUGCGGCUUCUUUGGUCCUCGCCUUUCACGGCACUCAUUCUGGUAACGCAGUUGCAGAUGAUGUCUCGGGAUUUGGUACAUGCGAACUGUCUACUGGCACGGCCACUAAGUUCGCAGACCCCAUUGUCCGUCUUGCUGGAUCAUCAAUAUGGUCAAAUUGCACAGGCUUUGCGAAAUAUCCUUGACCUGACUCCUCGUGGAAACCCUCUGUACAGUCGACCGGGUGAUUCUCCCGUGAUGGAAGAAGUUCCGGCAAAUCCAGGACACACAGCAUUAUGGCACUCGUUUUGGAUCAUGUGGCAUUACACUUCCAUUACUCUCACUCAUUCCGAUUCUUUGCUGGUUACUGGAACUGUGGAGAGUAACCUCCCAGCAGCAAUUGCCACUGCCGGCUUUCUGGCCAAACCCCGAGACAAGAAGAACCGUGACAUCUAUGAAGAUCGCGACGUUUUCCGCCUUCUUAAUGACCUCGAACCCACCAUCCCCGAGAUCGCUUUCACCCAAGCCAAAGACAAUCACCUCCCUGUCGACGCCGAACACCCCUUCACUACUUUCCUGGGGUUCAAGAUAUGCCUCGUCGGCUGGCGCGUCGUUCGUCUUAUGGUUGGUAAAGCGACCGGCGACGCUCGAGCAUCUCACGACGGAAAAUGCAGCUCGACGCCCAGUACGGUUUACCAGCACUCUCCAGCCGAGUACAUCCUAAGACGUAUCUGUUCGAGACUCGCUACCUGCACUGCUAAUAUCAUGCACGACACCAUGGGAUCGGAAGGCCGACCAUUCGAUUCUUACGAAACAGACUAUAUGAACUGGGCCGCGCGAACCUUCGCCGAACGCAAGGUAUGGCCGGUCGGGAAAUGGCAGUCGGCCAUAAUAGCCGAGAGUUUGGGGUCGACGCCCGUGGGAAAUGCGAACGCCGGUGUGUCUUUGAUGGUGCCAUCGCCGUCUCAGAUUCCUAGUCCCGGGCAGUGUGGAUUACAACUUGCGACGGAGUUAGGGCUGACGGAUUUGGGUAUUUCGGACUCCAUGUGGAUGGGGGAUGGAAUGGGAUGA